UGACCGCGCUUCCUGUGCUCUCUCUCCGGCUCAGUGCGCGGUCCCGUGUCCUGCUCGCGCUGCUAGGUGUAGCCGGGGGCGCGCCGGGGCCGGAGAAGAGACACAUCCAGUUGUAAACCCGGUCACGUUACAGCUAAGCGCACCGGCUCCGGGGCUCCUUAGCUUCUCGUUGGCUCCGGGCGUUGCCCCCCCUUCUCUGUGGGGAAGAUGCCCGCCGUGUCCAAGGAGAUGGGAUGCGGGGCCUGGCCGUGUUUAUCUCAGACAUCAGGAACUGUAAAAGCAAAGAAGCGGAAAUAAAAAGGAUAAACAAGGAACUGGCCAACAUCCGCUCGAAGUUUAAGGGAGACAAAGCUUUGGAUGGCUACAGCAAGAAGAAGUAUGUCUGCAAGCUGCUGUUCAUCUUCCUACUCGGCCAUGACAUUGAUUUCGGCCACAUGGAGGCGGUAAACCUGCUCAGCUCCAACAAGUACACAGAGAAGCAGAUUGGUUACCUCUUCAUCUCCGUGCUGGUGAACUCCAACAGUGAACUCAUCCGCCUAAUUAACAAUGCCAUCAAGAAUGACCUGUCCAGCCGCAACCCCACGUUCAUGGGACUGGCCUUGCACUGCAUUGCCAAUGUGGGGAGUCGAGAGAUGGCGGAAGCCUUUGCUGGAGAGAUUCCCAGGAUACUUGUCGCAGGGGAUACGAUGGACAGUGUUAAACAGAGUGCUGCCCUUUGCCUGCUACGCCUCUAUCGCACAUCUCCAGAUCUCGUCCUCACCAAUGAGUGGACCUCUAGGGUGGUUCAUCUUCUCAAUGAUCAGCACCUGGGUGUAGUAACGGCAGCCACCAGUCUGAUCACUACCUUGGCACAGAAGAAUCCUGAGGAGUUCAAGACCUCCGUCUCCCUCGCAGUGUCCCGGCUGAGCAGGAUUGUCACAUCGGCCUCCACAGAUCUUCAGGAUUAUACGUACUAUUUUGUUCCCGCUCCCUGGCUGUCUGUGAAAUUGCUAAGGCUGUUACAGUGUUACCCUCCCCCAGAGGAUCCUGCAGUCCGAGGACGUCUGACUGAAUGCUUGGAGACCAUUCUAAAUAAGGCCCAGGAACCUCCAAAAUCCAAGAAGGUGCAGCACUCAAAUGCCAAGAAUGCUGUGCUGUUUGAGGCCAUCAGCCUUAUCAUCUACCAUGACAGUGAGCCCAAUCUGCUGGUCCGGGCAUGCAAUCAGCUGGGCCAGUUCCUGCAGCAUCGGGAGACCAACCUGCGCUACCUGGCAUUGGAGAGCAUGUGUACCUUGGCUAGUUCGGAGUUCUCGCACGAAGCUGUCAAGACCCAUAUUGAAACUGUAAUCAAUGCACUAAAGACAGAAAGGGACGUUAGUGUGCGGCAGCGAGCUGUGGAUCUCCUCUAUGCCAUGUGUGACCGGAGCAACGCCCAGCAGAUUGUAGCUGAGAUGCUGAACUACUUGGAGACCGCCGAUUACUCCAUUCGGGAGGAGAUUGUGUUAAAGGUGGCAAUUCUAGCAGAGAAGUAUGCUGUGGACUACACGUGGUAUGUGGACACUAUCCUCAACCUCAUUCGUAUAGCAGGGGACUAUGUAAGUGAAGAGGUCUGGUACAGAGUGAUCCAGAUUGUCAUCAACAGAGAUGAUGUGCAAGGUUAUGCAGCCAAGACUGUCUUUGAGGCUUUGCAGGCUCCUGCCUGCCACGAAAAUUUGGUCAAGGUUGGAGGGUAUAUUUUGGGCGAGUUUGGAAACCUUAUUGCUGGUGAUCCACGAUCUAGCCCUCUCAUCCAGUUUAAUUUGCUGCACUCCAAGUUUCACCUAUGCAGUGUCCCCACUCGAGCACUGCUCCUCUCAGCCUAUAUCAAGUUUAUCAACCUGUUUUCCGAAAUUAAGCCCACUAUCCAGGAUGUGCUCCGAAGCGACAGCCAGCUGAGGAACGCCGACGUGGAGCUUCAGCAAAGAGCUGUCGAAUAUCUGCGGCUGAGCUCCAUAGCUAGCAACGACAUCUUGGCUACAGUUUUGGAGGAGAUGCCGCCUUUCCCGGAGAGAGAGUCCUCCAUCCUGGCUAAGUUAAAGAAGAAGAAGGGUCCUAAUACAGUCGCUGACUUGGAAGACACUAAGAAGGAGAAGAACAGCUCGGACGUAAAUGGGGGCACUGAGCCCGCCCCUGUUAGCACAUCGCCUCUUUCAUCCAUGAACGUGUUUGAAGAACAUCUUGUGUGCACAGUCCGCCCCCGUCCAUUAUCUCUCCUGGCACCCCUUACACCUUGCAGCCAGUACCCAUCUUCUGCAGCGAGCCAUCCUGCACCAGAUGUCUUAUUCUCAUUCCAGUCUACUCCUUCUCCUUCUGCCGACCUCUUGGGCCUGGGAGCUCCCUCCACUUCCAGCCCUGGUGCCCCCGCUGCUGCUACAUCUGGUAGCCUGCUUGUGGAUGUCUUUGCCGAUACAUCACUUCCCGUUGACGGUGACGCUACAGGGUCGGAGGAGAACUUUGAAAGCGAUGUCCCAACGUCCACAGAAGGGGCUUCUGGAGAGCCAGACCCUUCUGGUCAGGAGGCGGAUGAUUUCUUCUACAAGUUCAUCUGCAAAAAUAAUGGUGUCCUUUUUGAGAAUCAACUGCUACAGAUUGGCUUAAAGUCAGAAUACCGACAAAAUCUUGGUCGCGUGUUUAUCUUCUAUGGCAACAAGCUGUCCAGCCAGUUCCAGAACUUCACUCCGACACUAGUGUGCUCUGACGAGCUAAAGGCUAAUCUGAAUCUCCAGUCUAAGCCGGUGGAGACCACUGUAGACGGGGGAGCCCAGGUGCAGCAGGUGAUCAAUAUAGAAUGUUUGCAGGAGUUUGUGGAUGUUCCCUUUCUGAGCAUCCAGUUCAGAUAUGGAGGCGCUCUCCAGAAUUUCUCAGUGAAGCUUCCCAUAACCCUCAACAAGUUCUUUCAGCCGACUGACAUGGAAGCUCAAGACUUUUUCCAGCGCUGGAAGCAGCUCAGCAGCCCUAACCAGGAGGUCCAGAAUAUUUUCAAGGCAAAAAAUCCAAUAGAUCAAGAGCUUGUGAAAGCAAAGCUCAUUGGUUUUGGGCCUGCUCUCUUAGAAAAUGUUGACCCAAACCCGUCCAAUUUUGUGGCAGCUGGAAUUAUUCAGACAAAAUCUCGACAAGUGGGAUGUCUGCUACGCCUGGAACCAAACAUGCAGGCGCAGAUGUACCGGCUCACCAUCCGCACAAGUAAAGAAGAAGUUUCCCAGAGGUUAUGUGACCUGCUCUCUGAGCAGUUUUAAACCCAAAUCAUGCUGGCCCCAUUAUCCUAGUCUUUGUGAUCUUCCCCCACUGCCAGGUCCUCGUCAUCUCAGUGAAAAUAAAUAUUACUUACACAA